AUGUUGUGUCGUGAGGUAUCGAUCCUUUCGAAGCUCACUCAUCCGAACGUGGUCUCCUUUGUGGGAGCGGUCCUGGACGAUCCUAGUCAAUUCGCGAUCAUCACCGAGUUCGUCAGCAAUGGUUCUCUCUUCUCUAUUCUGCAUGAGCAGAAGCGUGUCUUGGAAUCUCCGCUUCGCCUACGAAUUUCAUUUGACGUAGCGCAAGGCAUGCGUUACCUUCACGAAAGCGCGGCGAAGCCUGUGAUUCAU